AUGCCGUCUCCAUCACCCCAGCCGAAGGCUCGUGGAGCAAGGGCACGUAUCUGUGUACACUGCGGUCGGAGCUUCCGCCGGACUGAACAUUUGGAGCGACACAUUCGAACCCACACCAAAGAAAAGCCGUUCAUUUGCUUCUGUGGGGCGGCUUUCACUAGACGAGAUCUAUUGAAGCGUCACACGCGUAUCUCACACCAAGAUGGCCUGGCCUCGCCAAGUGCGCCGCCCGAGCCAACGGCAAAGUCGGAUUUCCAGCCUGCACAUCAUCCUGCAGCAAUCCGGUCGCAAUAUGAUACACCAGCCAGACCAGUGGUGCCCCUUGCAGGGUCUACUGCCGUGCACCAAUGGGCUGGCACCCAGAACACGUCUUAUUUAGACCAGAACCAUGCUGCCGGUAUGCUUCCUGCCGCUGCAGGACCUCCAAAUCCGACCCUAGAGCCCCAUCCGGGUAUGGUCCCAGACCCGGACAUGCUCCAAGCUGCACAAUUGCUUCUUCCUGGCGAUUACCAGGCAACAGGUGCGGUUCCCCCAAACAUUGCCAAGCAAACUCAGUUGAUGGUUCCCUCACAACCGAUGCCUUAUUUGCCAGAAGAUCUGAAUCACUUUCAAGAAUUCACCCAUUUCUUGGAUUCCAUUGGCUUGCCUGGGGAAUGGCUUCCCAGCGAGGGCGAAACAUCCCAAAAUCAAGAGAUCGGUUUAGAAGAUGUUCGUGAUCAAGGCCGACCAGCUCAAGAGCAGCAACAUGAACGCCCACGGCGAGGUGGGGAAGGCUCUCGAGGAGACUCCCCAUUUAGAUCCUGGCUACCAUCUGUGCCGAGGGGUGACCAAAGCCUAGGGACUCUUUCCGAUUCCGAACCCCCGCAAAACGCAAAGAGAACAUCACGGUUCAACGUCACCGAAGACCAACGGUUUCGACUUGCAGCGUCUCUUGAAGAAUUCCGCAAUGUGAUUCCAGAUUUUGUUCUCCCUUCACGUCACACAUUGACACGGUACCUUACUUCGUACUUCGAAGGCUUUCAACCUCAUCUUCCAUUUAUACACAUGCCGACCUUUCAUAUCAAUGAGCGUGCGCCUGAGGUGGUUCUUGCCAUCAUGACGAUUGGCGCUCAGUAUCGAUUUGAGCAUCGCAAUGCAGAGAGGAUUUUCUUCGUUUCUAAGGCUGUCCUCUUUGAGCGCAUGUCUAGAGAACCCCGCAUUUCUACCAAAUCCGCCUACAGUGCAGCAUCUCAAGUUCCACUCGGGAUCUCUCCAUAUUCCAAUUUUGGAGAUCAGUCCCUCACCCAACCACAGGUAGCAGCUGAGAGAAAUGCUGCAUGGAAGCAGAUUGAGAUUACUCGUUGUCUCCUCAUUCUGAUGGGCUAUUCCACAUGGGAAAAUGCUAGACUAGUACAAGAAGCAUUCUAUCUUCAAGGCCUGCUAGUGCGACAACUUCGCGAGGCUGGGCUGACAGAAGAUACAAGCCGCACUGAUUCCCGUGCACCCCUUGAUUGGCACGAAUGGGCAGACCAAGAGUCGAGUCGGCGAACAAAGCUCAUCGCAUUCUGUUUCAUCCAUGUUCAUAGCAUCGCAUACAAUGCCUAUCCAUCCCUGCGCAGUAGUGAGAUACAUCUCCGCCUCCCUUGCUCCACCAUGGAAUGGUCUGCAAGUACUGCUACAGAGUGGGAAGUCGCUCAGCGGGAGAGAGGUCCUCAACAGCUGUUCUUCCAGGAUGCCUUGACCCUUCUUUUGCAAAAGUCCCGAUCGGCUGUACCUUUAGACCCAAUCCCCGCACCUCUGGGUAACUAUAUUCUCCUGCAUGGACUUCUGCAAAGAAUCCACCUCGUGAGCGAGUUGUCGUUACCAAACGGGAACCACUCAACUACCCUUCCAACCGAAGAGCUCAAUAAACUAGAGUACUUAUUACGCCUGCAUAUUACCUUCAACUUCUUUACUAACAAAUUUAUUUACAGACGAGCCCUUCGCUCCUGGACUUCUGUCUGGCAACAAGCCCCAGAAUCCAGCCUAGACCCACACAAUGCAAACGGCCCGAUCCCUUUCACUUCUAGCGCAUUCCUAGGUCUAGCUUACGUACGACUUUCUCUCAAUCUGGGCCCCUACCGCCGUCUCGAAACCCGCGACCCGGAAAUCAUAGCCACAGCACUCCGUCGCUCGCCGCGUCCAGAAAGAAGCUACCGCCUCAUCCCGGCCCUCAUCUAUGCUGCCCAUGCACUGAGUAUCCCCGUGCGUCUGGGUAUCGAUCAUAUUGCUCGCAGCCAAGCAUUCUUCUGGAGCGUGCGGCAUUCGCUCGCCAGUCUCGAGUGUGCAGUACUUCUCAGCAAAUGGCUUUUCACGCUGGCGGAGGCGGGACCAGAUCAGUCACUCAGCGAAAACGAAACUCGUAUCCUGCGCUGGACGCGGUGCAUCAUCGAAGAAGCAUACUCGUCCAUCGACAUAGACGAAGGCGAGGUACCACCAGAUCUGGAGCCUGCAUCUCUUGGCUUGUCUGUUCUCAAGCUGUGGGCUAGGCUGUUUGCAACGAAUACUCAAUGGCCAUUUAUUAAUGUCCUUGGACAAAGUUUGGAACGGUACAUGACUAUGAUUUGA